GUGGAGGUGCGUGUCCAACCAAUCUUAGGACUGAUUACCUCAUGAGGAUGAUGUGAAAUGAUUAACGUUAUCCAUAUCCAUACGCAUGCGCUGAGAAACGGUUUGCUUAUUACUUAUCUAUGGUUUGCCGGCUCGUCGUUUGUCAUUCUCGUGUGUGUAUGGUUGAAGUGAGGAUGCGUUUGGUUUUGUAAAACUGAAAUCAGGUUUUACAAUUAUCAUAGAUAAUUCUCAAGAUUCUAGAUGAUGGCGUUGUUGUUCAGAAAGGGGUAAAGGGUAUCUUAAAAUUGGAAAGCAAUGUCAAAUCUGAAUUGUCCUCCGAGAAGAAAGAGAAGUUCAGCUACGGAUUCAUCAUCCCAGCCCCAAGCUUCUCUAUCACGAAGUACUCCAAUUAGGGAAAACAGUCCUAUUGAUGAUGUACCAUCACCGAAUAUUUCUAGUAUAAGGUCCUCAUCUAAUUCAAGCAGUCGUAACGUUAGCAUUAAAAAACAGAGACGAUUGUUUGAUGUGGAAAAUCAGACAUCAUUACUACUAAUAACUAACGUAAAUUCAGAAGAUAAAAGCUCAGAUUCUGAAGAAUCAACUUCAAAUGUAACAAUAUUGAAACAAUUUAAGAACAAAGGUCGGAACUGGAGAUUCAUUAAACCUACAAAUCAAAACAAUCUAUAUUUUAAAAUUCUUUCAAAAAGGGAGGAUAUAGAAAGUUUGGCACUGAACUGGUGUAAACAUUAUGUUUAUAAUAAAGAAGAAGCAAUUAUAGAAAUGCAACAACUUUUUAUAGAUUUAACAGGAGUAAGGAAGUUUAAUUUGAAAAAUUUACUUGAGAGUAAUUCACAAUUAGAAAAAGUUUUUGAAACUCUUGAAAACGUCGUUCUAAAUACUGAUUUGGAGAAGUAUUGUCUGUGUAACAGUACUCAUCAGUAUAGUAUAACAUGUUUGGAAGAAAUUUGCAAAUUUCUGAGACUUGUUUGGAUUAUAAGUAGUAAUCAGACAUUUUUAUAUGAUUGCUACAUGUCCUUGCAUGUACUCAAACUUAUAAAUUUAAUGGCUAAUAGUAAAGUAAAAGUAAUACAUCACACUGGGUUGUUUCUUGCUAUAAAAAUAAUAACUUUUCUCACUGAAGUACAUAGGAACAUAAUUAAAAACCCGUUAGAUAAUGAAGAACAGGAAAGGUACCUGAGUCAUUUAUCAAAGAAUGAAGAAGGUUUCAUUCUUCUUUUACAUAAAUGUUGUUGUACUACCAUCAGUGCUCCUCAACGUGCUAAAAUGCAGUAUUUGGAAGAAAUAUUGCAAUGGUUUAAAAGAAUACCUUCUCUUAUGCUCAAUAAACGAUGCUUUAAUUCCCUCUUGGAAUUAGUUGCGGACUCUAAGGAUGCUAAAAUACGUCAAAAAGCAGUAGCAGUAUCUAAGGAUUUAGUGGCGUUGCCUAAAUUUUCACAGUAUAUUAUUCCAAAUUUUGCUACAUUGCUUGAAGCCAUCGAAGAAAGAAUGUGGGACAUAGAUUAUGAUGUUUGUAUUAACGCUGUUGAAUUUUUUGGUGCGGUUAUGAGUCAUUAUCCUCAAUAUUUAAAUUUCAAACUGGAAGUUGCCAUUUCAACUUUAAUGCUUCAAAAGAACUAUCCCCUUGCACGUGCUGCUGGCCAAUUUACAAUAAAAAGCUUUAGAAGGGACAACGAAAAUAAUGAAGACAUUGAUGUGAUUCAUAAACUAAUGCAAUUACUUAGCGUUCCUAAAUUUUUAGAACGUAUUGCGUUAUUGGUGGAAUCGGUCAUCGAUUUUGCAAGAGAAUUACAAAAUUAUGACCUUAUAUUUACAAUGUUGAUGAGGGAAGAUAGCACAGAGGAAGAAGAUAUAAUUUUAUGCAGUCUAUUAUCGCAGAGUGUUGUCCAAAUAGCAACUGGAAGGUCUCCUGUUGUCCGCGACAGAUGCAGAAAAGAAAAACCACAAGAACUAGUCAACCAGAAAAUUGCAUACUUUUUUAUAACCAGACUAUAUGACUUAAUGAGAAAAUUUUCAAGCAAUGCACUUUGCACAAAAAGUUUUUGUGAAAUAUUAUUAGUUUUUAAUUACGAAGAAACUCCUUUAACCCACUAUAACAAGUAUUUGGACCAGCUUAUGAAUUUACAAGAAUCUUUAUUUAUCAACAGUGUAAACGAAGAUGUCCUAGAUUCCUUUUCAAAAUUAUAUUCAACUUGGAUGGCCGAAUACUGUCCUUUUAAACUGCGAGCGUCUGCGGCUUUCGAUAUAGUUUUAGAAAAGACCGUCAAGGUUUACAAAUUAAAUUUGGAAGAAUAUAAUGAAGAAAAAUCCGAACUGGUAAAAUCGAAUUUAGAGAUAGAUCUUUUACAUCUUGAAGUAUUAUUUCGUUACAAUGAUUUAAGAAAAAUUAUUGAUUGGAACACUCUUUUUGUCUCCUGGGAUUUAAACGAUGAAUAUUUUACAAUUCAGUCUAUAGAACGCAACAUGAAGUGUUGCUACUGGUUUCUUUUAUGGGAGGCACGUGGUUUGAAAGAUCUCAAUGUAACUGCCGAUUUGCUGCAACAAAAGAUCGAUCAACUUGAAUUAAAAUGUGCUAGUUUCAUAUCUCAAUGUUUAAUUAUAAUGAGUCAAAACCAAGAAAAACCAACUUUGUUGCAAACAGCAUUUGACGUGAUAAUAGACCUUCACUUAGAAUAUUUAAACGAGUUGUCUGCAAAAUUCAGUAAAGUGCAACCGUUUAAACAACUCCAUCUAAAGGUGUCUACCACUCAAGCUCAAAACGUUCUUGUCGAUUAUGUACUAUCACGUGCUUUCACAGCUGUCGAAAAGAAAACGUUGAAAAUGCGAAGAUCCAAUCUAGCUAAAUUGAUGAACGCUUUUAUCGAGGAUAUUAUACCACACGAAGAACAUUUUACAAAAGUCUUCAUGUUUUACGAUGAGUACUACGAAAAUUACUUUGACAUAUUCAACACCACUCUGGAUAUGUUUCAAAAACUGGGAGGUGUUGCUGUAACGUGUUCAAUAAUUGUACUUACAAUUAGAUAUUCCUACAUCGAGUAUUUGACUUUAAAAGGAAAUUUUGACAGUGCUCAUCCCGAAAUUGAACAAAUAAACGCUUUGGGACAACGUUUCUUGCAGUAUUUGAAGAGUAAUAAAGCAGCUGAAGAUUCGGUUUUAGGUGUUCUCAAACAUGCUGUCUCAUAUACAUCUUCCGUUUUGGAACACCGACAUUUUUUGCACUUCUUCAAUUCGUUUAUACCCGCCUUGAAAAUUAACCAACAUAAAGAAUUAUUCGAUCAUAUAAUGAAAUGUAUGCCUGAAGGCGAUGAAGAUGCACCAGAAGCAUUUGUUCGUUUUGCCAAGAAGUUGAAUUGUAAAAAAGGAAAAAGUUACUCUUCAUUAUGACUGAAUUUUUAAAAUCGACGACACUAAAGUGAGCAGUAUUUUAUUAAUAAUAUAAUCGUUUUUUCAUUUACUUCAGUUUUAUUGUUUUUCAUUUACUGAAAAUGCUAAAUAAGUUUAAUUACCCAAGAAUUGGAAAUUUAUUUUGUACUUAAUACUAGAUCAAUGUUUUUGCAGUGUUAUAUAAACUUAAAUAAUACUAAGUUAAGAUUAGUUCGUGUUUCUUAUUUUACACAUUCGGCAACAAAACACCUUAUUCAUAAAAUGAAGUUUAACUUCAACUUAUUUAACCAUACAAUCUUCCUCAAAAUCUUCAAAAUUUCUAACCUACCCACCGGGUGAGGGGAUAAAGUAAAAAUUUUGAAAGAUUUAUGGAAUGUUAUGUAGUAAGUAGGGGAAUUUUAUUUUAAUGUCUAUUUCAUCUGCUCUAUAAUUUCUAGCAUCAGCAAUUUCACCAGUUAAACGUAACAUACAGAAUCGAUUAUGAAGCACUUAUUAGAAUAAAAUUUCAUUUUAAUGCUAAUUAUUUUAUAGUCAUGUAGACAUAUAUUCAUUUAUUUAAGUGAUUCACUGACGCACAAUACCUUGUUACCUCUGAUACAUGGAAAAAAUCGAUAAAAAAUGAAUAUAUCGUAUUCAAAUGCAAAUCAACCUCCGAAAACUGUACAUGCAUAUACCUCGUUAACAUUAUUGCAUCUGACUUUUUUUUUACACGUUGUCACACAGACAUUUAUUUUGUGACAAUAGCCUACCAAAUUCUUGAAAAAUUUUGAUUAUUUUCCUGAUAUUUUAAAAACGCACAAAAGGGCAGAAAAACUUUUGGGUGUUUCAUUCCCACUAGUCACUAAUUUAAAGUGCGCGCCUUUUUUUAUUUAGUAUUGACCAGACCUGCUGGAGGGCGCGCAAAUCAGCGCAUUUCGAAUUGACCAUUAUUACCGUUUGUAUAUCUAUUAUCUUUGACUUCAAUGAUAGAGUGAGUCAUCUAUUAAAUUGAUGUUCCUUAUCUUCCACAUUUAUUCGUAGGGUGUCGACUCUCCUAUCAUAACUAAUGCAGACUA